UUCCGACAGUGGACUCGUCCGUCGUUAGGCCUUUGCGGUAGGGAGUUGUUUGGCGGACCCCGCAAGUUUUUCUUUACUUUACGUGUUAUUGUUGUUCUUGUAAGAAAGGACAAAAUCUGGAUUUCUAGCAUUAUUUGCCACUAUAUACACGCUGUUUGUCGACAGACCAUAGAAACGUAGUGUUUUGGGGUGUGGUGACAAGUACAAGGCCAAAGAAGGAAGGAAGGAAGGUAUCGGUGAGUCGACCUGUCCGCAGCUGAGCUUAUGAUGCCGACGUUGCGGGACAGCACCAUGUCCCACCCCGGCGAGAAUUCCCACCAAGUCAGGGUGAAAGCUUAUUAUAAAGGGGACAUAAUGAUCACACAUUUUGAGCCAUCUAUCUCGUAUGAGGGCCUAUACGGGGAGGUGAGGGACAUGUGCUCCAUGGACAAUGACCAACUCUUCACCAUGAAGUGGAUUGAUGAAGAAGGUGACCCCUGCACCGUGUCAUCUCAGCUGGAAUUGGAGGAAGCACUGCGACUCUAUGAUCUAAACAAAGACUCAGAGCUCAUUAUCCAUGUUUUCCCAUGUGUACCAGAGAAACCUGGCAUGCCCUGUCCAGGUGAAGACAAAUCAAUAUAUCGGCGUGGAGCCCGGCGCUGGAGGAAGCUUUACUAUGCCAGCGGUCACGCCUUUCAGGCCAAACGCUUUAACAGGCGAGCCCACUGUGCCAUCUGUACAGACCGAAUCUGGGGUCUGGGAAGACAAGGCUACAAAUGCAUUAACUGCAAACUGCUGGUGCACAAGAAGUGCCAUAAACUGGUGACAGUGGAAUGUGGCAGACCUAUGAUCCAGGAACCUACCAUUCCCGGCCAACCAUUGAGUCAGUUAGACCCAAAUGAACAGCCAGGCCCUCAGAAUAAAGACUCCAGAGAAAGCUUGACUUACGAUGGAGAAGAGAAAGAGGCACGUAGCAGCAGAGACACAGGAAAAUCGCCCUCCAGUCUGGGCCUAGCAGAUUUCGAUCUGUUGAGGGUGAUCGGAAGAGGCAGCUACGCCAAGGUGCUGUUAGUGCAGCUGAAGAAAACAGAACGUAUUUAUGCCAUGAAGGUCGUCAAGAAGGAGCUGGUCAAUGACGAUGAGGACAUUGACUGGGUCCAAACAGAGAAGCAUGUCUUUGAGCAGGCUUCUAAUCAUCCCUUCCUGGUCGGCCUCCACUCCUGUUUUCAGACAGAAAGCAGACUCUUCUUUGUUAUUGAAUAUGUGAACGGUGGAGAUCUCAUGUUCCACAUGCAAAGACAAAGGAAACUUCCAGAAGAACAUGCUAGAUUCUACUCAGCAGAGAUCAGUCUGGCGCUAAACUACCUCCAUGAGCGAGGAAUUAUCUACAGAGACUUGAAACUGGACAACGUACUGCUGGAUUCUGAAGGACACAUCAAACUCACAGACUAUGGCAUGUGCAAGGAGGGCUUAAGACCAGGCGAUACAACGAGCACUUUCUGUGGUACCCCCAAUUACAUCGCCCCCGAAAUACUCAGAGGAGAGGAUUACGGGUUCAGUGUGGACUGGUGGGCACUGGGCGUGCUGAUGUUUGAGAUGAUGGCGGGCCGGUCACCUUUCGAUAUCGUUGGCAGCUCUGACAAUCCAGACCAGAACACAGAAGACUACCUCUUCCAAGUAAUAUUGGAAAAACAGAUCCGAAUCCCCCGCUCGUUGUCAGUCAAAGCUGCCAGUGUGCUCAAAGGGUUCCUCAACAAGGAUCCCAAGGAGCGUCUAGGCUGCCAUCCGCAGACAGGCUUUGCAGACAUCAUGGGUCAUCCUUUCUUCCGCAAUGUCGACUGGGACCUGCUGGAGCAGAAGCAGGUGGUCCCUCCAUUCAAGCCCAACAUCUCAGGGGAAUUCGGACUGGACAACUUUGACGCCCAGUUCACCAAUGAGCCCAUCCAACUCACGCCUGACGACGAUGAUGUGGUCAAGAAGAUUGACCAGUCUGAGUUUGAAGGCUUCGAGUACAUCAACCCUUUGCUGAUGUCAGCAGAGGAGUGUGUGUGAGGGAUGUGACAUCUGUGCUCAUGCACGCCACCCACACGCACACAUGAACACACACUCAUGCACGUGUUUACGUGGCGUCUCAGUGUCUUCAAGCUGCAUGGUUACGAGACAGCCUGAUGACAUCAACCUUCUGUUUGAGCGCCGCACAUGCACAGUAGAACACUUAUUUGCCAAAACUAGUCUCACACUCUGCCAUUUAUAACCACUUGCCCUUAAGCCUACCUUCUUUCUUAAUUAUUUUUAUAUCAUGUAAAUCUGCACUGAUAUCAAUUCUCUCAUCGGGGGCCUCUAUCAGUAGCCAGUGUGGCUACAAAGUUCUUCCAAGGUUGCUGUGCGUGGGGGCAGGAGGGAUGAGGCACGACCCCUGACAGACUGAGCAUCCUUUCCUUCCACCUGGUGGGUGUUUUCGAUUUUAUUUGUAUAUAUACACAAAACUACUAUUGAGGAUAUUUGUUAGUCAAGGCCUUUUUAGCUUCAAGCCACAGUUGGACAAAACUGACAUUAAUUGUCAUUGUGGAAUUAGCUUUGUUGCGAAAUCCCUUCUGUAGAGGAAAGAAGACUCAUAACAGUAGCCUUUUAAAAUGGAAAAAGAUAAAAAAAAAUCUAUAUAUUUUUCUCAUGUUUUAUUUAAUAACAUACCAGUCAUUGUCCAGCCUGAGUAACACCACUAGAGGAAUACUCAUCUUCUGGAAAAUAAGAGUCUGCUUCAGGUCCCUUCCCCCAGAAUGUAGGAACUUCAACCGCACUAUAAUGCUAAUACUGAGGUAAUGCUCCCAAACUGUGAAUGAAAGACCUCGCUGUGGUGGAAAAUGGGGCUGGAAGAAUAGCACAUAAUUCCUGAAUGCUGGAGCAAGGGAUUGAUUUUGCUCUGCUGACCAUCCAUGAAAUUCACACAGGACCAAAAAACAGAAACAGUUUUCUGAAAAAUGUCUUGCUGGUACGUUUUAGAGGGUACAGUAUAUAAAGGAAGAUGUGCUGUCCUCUGUCAUAAAAUUUAUAUAUUCAUUUUUUGGGGGCUCAUUUUUAGUACUAUACCUUUCUGUUAUCUUUUUUAAAAAAAUAUAUUUUCUCCAUUCCCUGUGUUUGUUGUAAAUCAGAAUGUUAAGUGAUUGUUAAAAUGAGAGCUUGGCUAGAAGCCCAAACCUAUGACACAGUGCAGUUUUGGUCUUGAAGUGUGGUUUUAAAACUGCACUCUGUCUGCUGUGCUCCAUUUUUUCCUAUAUGUAGUCUGCAGUUUCAAUGAGGUAUUUUAUAAAACUGCUUUAAAACAUGUAAGAGGUGUGAUGAUUCACUCUCUGCUCCUUGACUGUAACGACACUAAGUGAUGGUGGAAGAACCGCCAGACUAUCUUCCAGUCGAAGCAUCUCUCUGUUUGUGUUCAUGUUUUUGGGCUCACAUAGUAACCAGACCAGAGGAACACAUUCAUCUGUUACACUUUUUACUUUUGCUUUCCUGUUACUUUUUUUGUGAAUAAUCAGAUUUAAUUUAGACUUUUUUUUAUCACUACAUUGAUAUCAAAAUGUUAUUUGGUGAAGCCAAUGGAAACACUAUUUGUUGUAUUUCUUGUGUUUUGGGGAUGUUUACCAUCUCUGGUGAACUUCAUUAAUGUUCAAAGAAAAACAGAUGGUAAAAUAAACAUUUUAUUUCUCUC